CCAAUGCAGUGCCGAGCCCGCUAGACAUUUCGCCUCAGUCCGACGCGCACGCUUCGCCGGCCGGCCAUUCUUACCCAAAUAACGUAUAAAAAUCCGUGUCAAUUUAACUCCAACAACUUUUCAAACAGCAUUCUAGAAUUUUGUGUACAAAUUAGUGCAUUUUCAAGUGAAACCGUGCUUGUCUACAGGUUAUAAACUAAACAUUCCAACGUGGUGUUCUGUGAAUUGGGUCAUGGUGUACAAUUUAUCCGUUUCUCAAUAAUUACCAUCAAGCCAAGACAAAGCAUUUAAAUAAUGGAGGAGAUCAAAAAAGAGAUUAACCUGGACUCAAUCCUGGAGAGUUUGGGACCAUACGGCAGAUACAACCUUUUAAACUUCGUGCUGCUUCUCUUCCCAAUCCUGCUCAGCAGCUUCUUCGAAUGUGGAUUCAUAUUUGAAGCCCAAGAACUGACUUACAGGUGUGACGUGAAUGGCUGCGAGCAACGCUUCAACGACACCUCCUGGAUCAGCUAUGCCAUUCCGACCAACGAAGUCCAUAACAAACCUGAGUCUUGCAUGAUGUAUGUUCCACUGAACAACUCAGAGUUCCAGUGCCUACCUCACAACUUCGAUCUGAACAAAACUAUGGCAUGUGACAAAUUCGUCUAUGAAGAUGAAUAUUCACUAGUGAAAGAGUUCAACCUUGGCUGCCAGGAAUGGAAGAGGGCUUUGGUUGGGACCAUUCACAACUGUGGAAUGUUCGUCGCUAUGUUGUUCACUGGUGCCAUCUCUGAUCGGUUUGGGAGAAAAAUGGCUGUUGGCUUCGCGGCCACCACCAGCUUUAUAUUCGGUUUCUCGAGAUCAUUUGCACCAAAUUAUCUGACCUAUGUAGCGUUACAUUUCUUGGAGGCGGCGUUUGGAGGCGGAUUGUAUCCGUCUGCUUAUGUCUUUAUUAUCGAGCUGGUCGGCCUUAAACAGCGAGUUAUAGUAUCCGCCAUGUGCAAUAUGACCUUUGUCAUAGGCGUCGUCCUCAUUGCCCUCCUUGCUUGGGUGGUCGAAAGCUGGCGUACCUACAUCCUCAUUCUCUACUGCCCGGCCUUGAUCGUAGUCAUCUAUAUCUGGUUCAUGAAUGAAAGUGCCCGCUGGCUCCUCAGCAAAGGCAAGAGAGACAAAGCCGUAUCAGUACUUAAGAAAGCAGCCAAAAUCAACAAUUUGGAUCCAAGGAAACUUGAACUGGACUUCUUGGGAGAUCCUUUACUUAAGGCUGAGAGUCAGACGACGGAUAAGAAGUCCCAGUUGUCAAAAGCGAUACGUUCAAGCAUAAUAUGGAAGAGACUGAUGAUUUGUUCGUUUUUGUGGAUGACAUGUUCCCUUGUGUACUAUGGGCUGUCGAUAAAUUCUGUGUCUUUAAGCAGUAAUAGGUACGUCAGCUUCAUGCUGGUGACUUUGGUGGAGAUACCAGCGUAUAUUGUGGUUGUGAUUGUACUGGACAAGUAUGGAAGGAAACAGACGCUGGUCGCCACUUACCUAACUUGCGCGUUGAUGAGUUUGCUGUUCGCAUUCUUGCCGAGAAACGACUACUGGUCCAUACCCCUGUACCUGAUUGGGAAGUGGAGUGUGACUCUCGCCUACAGUUCCGUCUACAUCUAUGUGUCUGAGGUGUUCCCUACGAAUAUGCGGCAGACUCUAAUCAGCAUGUGUUCCAUGGCUGGAAGGAUCGGAUCACUUAUAGCGCCAAUGACUCCUUUAUUGUCAUUGUACCACAAAUCGAUGCCGACAGUGAUCUUCGCAGCCAUGUGCCUAAUAUCCAGCACCCUGGUGAUGAUGCUCCCAGAAACCAGGAAUAUGAGGCUACCAGACACCAUCGAGGAAGCAGAGGCACUCUCCAGAAAGAGAACCAAGAACUGAGGCUGUUAACCCAUUAUUUAAGUAGGUAUAACCAAAAUUGUAGAAAACUUAAUCUUAUUCCAAUUAGUCAGUAAAGUCCAAAUUCGAUAAAGACAUUGUGGUAUGGCUGCACAUCAAGGUAUCCUAAUCUCUAGUUAAUUUAAUUGAUUUUCAACCGUGUAGUAAAGGGCUAAGGUUGAAAAUCUUUUAACAGAUUAGGAUAGCUUAAUGUGCUAGUAGAUACCUUUUAGAUUAUUUCGUUUUGAAAGUGUAAAAAGAUUUUUGUAUGUCCUAAUUUCUGUGUACCUUAACUGUGUUUCGUCUUAAUAAUUGAUACUUAAUUUGGUAUCUAACCUUAAAAUAUUAGAACACUUAAAAACAUUACUUAUUGUAAAGAGUAUAAGGUUUAAACUUGUAUCUAGUAGGCCACUGAUCUUAAUUUUGGAGAAACAUAGCCUUUUUCGCCAUACUAUUGUAUGCCAUAAAUUGAUGUAGCUUUACAUUGUCUUAUUCGCCCAUUAUUUCUACCAAAGUGAUAUGUACUGUCGCUUACCGCCGUACUCAGUGUCAUAUACUUAACCCAGUCCUUAGCAAUUGUUUUUAGAACAAAAUCGUUACUAAGGAAUAGUUCCUAAAUAAAACCUUCAAGAAAAGAGCGUAUUCCUUUUUAAAAGGCCGGCAACGCGCCUGUGACUCCUCUGGUGUUACGGGUGUCCAUAGGCGGUGCUGAUCGCUUACCAUCAGAUGACCUGAUAACUCGAUUGCCCCCUAUUCCACAAAAAAGUUUAAGUAUUAAUUAAAUGUCUCUGAGUACGGCAGUAAGACUUUAUAAGUCUUCAACAAAAUCAUGAUUAUAAUUAUGCAUGCUUAAGCAACCUUAUGCAUGUUAAUUUAAGAAACUAUUUCUUUUUUUUAUUCAUUGUGUUUUAUAUCACAUCUCUGUCUUGCACUUAUAGUUUUGCUUGUUGUGGAAAAGAGACAAAUAUAUUUGUCAUAGGGCGAAUGAAUAAAUGAAUAAUAGCCAGUUGAGCUGGUGAUCAAUGGUUGAACUAUCGUGUUGUCCUAUAUUAUAUUUGUUUAUGUUUUAUAUUAUAAAAUGCACGCUAAUAUCUACUUAAGUUAUUGUACCGAAAAAAAAUGAUCUUAAAAGACUCAGUACUUACAUAAAAUACUUAAAAUAUAUGCUAUUCUGUAAUUGUCGAUUCGAAACAAUCGAAGUAAUUGGGAAUUUUCGUUUAGUGUCAGUUUUCUUAACGUUGAACGAAAACGAAACGAAAGUGCGUUCGGCACUCUGAUUGGUUGGUUCAUUCACGCCGGCCAAUCAGAGUGCCGAACGAGCCUUCGAUUCGUUUUUGCAUCAAACUCAACCAAUUGUUUUUGCAUUAGAGUCAUUAAGCAGCUAGACUGUAUAAACAACAAAAUUAAUGUUCUAUGGUAAACCACAUCUAUUACAAGUGUAACCAAACAAUUGCUACAGUACUUAAAAAUAAUUAAAAAGCAAAUGAACACCAAAAGAAAUGUUUCUGAUACAUAAACAAAAUUGUUAAAGAAUUGCUCGAAUACGCGAGCCAUUACAAUACAAAAAAUAAAAGAAAACUCGUAGGAAUUAUACACCAAAAAAAAAUUAAAAACUUUUUAAACAAAAUUGAUUGAGCGCGAUAAUAAAUUAAAUCGCAUUUCAUGUGGACUACACAAACAUACAAAAAAUUAAUACUAGAAUAGCAUUUUUAUAGCUUUUUGAUACAUUUUCUUGCAAAGAAAAGAGUGUAGUCUCUUCCUUAUACUUUUAUUACAGUGUAUUUUAGUACCAGAAACAUACUAUUUAAAAACGUCUUUCCGUAUUAUUAAUUUAUUACCGAAUGAAUUCAUUUAAAAAAAGUUGUGAUUUUUUGCAAACAAGCUAUAUUUUAAAUCAUGUUUUAUACGAUUAAUUAUAAUAAAAAUAAUUUAUAAACACAUUUUUUGUAUUGUAUACAUUUUUUUGUUACUUAAACUCGAAUAUCGGAAUAUUAUGUGUAAAAAUAAAUACAUUAAUUGCUACUUAAUUUUUAGUGUUUAUAAAUAAAAUCUCCACGCAUGCAAAUGUGGAAAGGUAUGUUAAAACAAACAUGGCGUCUAUGCUUAGGGCGAGAUCACAUUGGUAUUAUCAGCAAUAAAUAAAAUUUCGUUCAAAUUACGGUAUUUCACACAUAGAUGUCACUGUUCUAUAUUUCUUAUGAUCAUUUUUAAAUAAAAAUCUUUUUUGAAAAAAUACUUAUUUAUGCUGAUAAUAUUAAUUAUUCCUACAUUUAUUUAUUUAUUUAAUUUCUUUUUAUGUUAAUGUUUAACAGUAUUUUUGUAAUAAGUGUCCACAUUUCUUUUUAUAUUUAGUUAUUUUUAAGCUUAGUAAGGGACCAAUAUAAAUAAUCAAAUGUCCAUAAACUGCGCCUGUUUUGAAACUGUAUUUCUUCAGUUAGAAGUCCAAUUAAUCUGAAAAUCUGCACAACACUUCAUUUAAUGGGUACUUAUAUUAUGUGUUUGGUAUCUUAAUUGGGAAAAAAAUAUGUUAAAGCCUACUGACUGCGAUGCAGAAUUUUACAAAUGCAACCUACAAAUGACGCGUCGUAGACAUUGCACUUUAUGUUAUAAAAAUCUCAUUGACAUUACAAAAAAAUCCUUGCGAUUUUUGGAUACAGUAAUCGAAACGAGAGCGCGUUCGGCGCUCUGAUUGGCCGGCGCGAAUGGAUCAACCAAUCAGAGUACCGUACGCGCUCUCGUUUCGUUUUCGUUCAACGCAAGGCAAACUUAUACUAAGCUUUCAAGUUGCUCUAAAACCCAAUGUCGGCAACAGCCUAAUCAACCUCCCAUACAACGUUACACGCGCAGCGCUAACGUACCAUGCAAAAUUAUAACACAAACACAACUACAAUUCCGCGAUUAAAGUUUAAUUAAACCACAAUUUUCCAACACACAUUAAACAUUACAUACAUAUAUAACAUAUAUAACCAGUCUAUCAUGGUCUCGCUUUGUUUAUUCUAUACGCACUUUCAAAGGUCAAUUUAUACUGGUCAGAACACAUAUACAUUAAAUGAUAAGUGAUUUGAAUCAUCCAGAUGAUGAAUACGUUUCUAAUGACUAAAUCGUCACAUUACGCCACCUUGAUUGCUUCAUCAUUUUAAUCAUGACUUUUAUUGUGAUUCUGUUGCAAAAUAUAAAUCAUGGGACAUCAUUAUGUUGACGUUUUAACAUCAUUUGUCAUUUUAUUUUAUUUACUGUGUGGUUUUAUGAUAGAUUUGUGUUUUGUUUGUGUUAAGUAUAGUCUGGUAAUCUGUUGAGUAAAAACAUCCUAUAUGUUGAUCAAUUGCAUGUUAUUUACCAUUAGAUACUAUAGUUUUUUUAAAGUCCAGCUAAAAAAUUGCCAUCAUAGUUUUUUUGCGAUGCACUAACAAAAUACCGAUUUAAAACCAUUUCUGUAUAAUUCGUACUACGUUUCUAAAUGCCGUAGUAAUACAGAAUAAUUAAUGGUGUGCAACGUCACGCCUUUUAUUCCCAAAAAGGUAGGCAGAGGUGCACAUUACGGCACGUAAUGCCGCUAUACAAUGUACAACCAAUUUUCACCAUUUGUGUUAUAAGUCUAUAUAAGUGUAUAAGUCAAGUACAGAAAAAUUCAUUCAGUCAAAUUAAUUCGCCUUAAUCUACGCCAAAAUGUGGCAAACAUGUAUCAAGAAUCCCCAUUCCCACAACUAGUACUUAAGUUAAAUUUUCUAGCAUAUAAUUCUGUUCAUAACAAAACUGCCUACAUUAUAUUCAUUUUGCAAAAACAAAUAAAAUGCAACCAAAGCUAUAAAAUUAUACAAAAACGCGACAAACAAUUAUACAAAAAGUUUAAUGUAUAUUUAAUCACUCUAGACUAGCUCUUUAUAAUAAUUAGGUAGCACAAUGCCGUGAUAGAUUAAACCUGGACGUUUUAAAUUAUAGAUAAUUGUCAAAUCUACAACGCUUGUUGGGUUAAACGGGGAUUUCCAAUUCACAUGUGAUUGUCAAUUAACAUUGGAUUUAGUCAACUUUAGUUACACGUGUCAUAAUUCAUAAUGAUUAUAAAAUACACUGUAUUUUCUAUAUUUAAAGUUGGUGCAAGCGUGAUUAUCUUUAUAAGUUUUCUCGAGUAAUUUGUGCCCAGUCUAUGGCAAUAGUAGACUCAUCCCCUAAUAUAUGCUCAUCCCCUAGUAUACACAUAACAUAAGUGAACAGUUAGAUUUUAAAUGUGCACCUCUGUCUACCCCUCCGGAGACUAAAGGUCAUGUAAGUUCAUUGAAAGGUCAUUGUAAUAGCAAAUUAUUUUCCAAAACAUACCGAAAUUUAUUAAAAUAUAAUCCAAAAUUGAUAUUAGUAAAUCUAAUUCCUAAUUUCUCAUUUCAACUGAUCCUAUUUACUUUUAGCUCGAAGCUACACAACAAAUUGUUCUCGUCCAAUCAGAAACCGACUGUCAAAUGUCAGUUACAAUGACAUGCCGUACAAAAUGACAAUGUCAUUCAACUUGACAUCUAAUCGUGGCAUGUAAGUAAUUUGAAUGGGGUCGCAAAAUCGGAUGGUUAUCUAUUAAAUAUUGAUGAUAGUUCCAUAUUAUUAUCUUUAGGGAAGUAAUAUCUCACUCAAAUUGGAAACCACUAGAUUAAUUUUGUGUUGAAUGGAUAUUAUGACAUAUUUUGUAGCCAUUUGCAUGAUUUUCACAUCCAUUUUUAAGUUUGUGAGUUUGUGUUUAUGUGUAUGUUUGUUACUCAAUCACAUCGAAACGGCUGAAGGUAUAGGGAUGAAAUUUGGAACAAGGGUAGAUUAUGGUCUGAAAUAACAUAUAGGAUACUUUUUAUUUCACGGAAAUGCAGGCGAAGACGCUGGCAGAAGCUAGUUAACAAUUUUUUUUUUUCCUCUGGCGUAGUUUAUGGACGCACCUUUGUAGUGAUCAAACCGAAUUACUACUGCACCCAGCAUUUUAAACUUUAUAUCGUAGCUAUUAAAAUACAUUUUUGGUAUUUUAUUAAUUUUUAGUUUAUGUUUUUUUUGUAAUAUUAUUAUAAUUUAGUACAUCAGUGAUUGUAAUUUUGUGCUUUUAUUAUAAAUACCAACCUAUUAUUGUAAUUAUUUAUUAAUUGAUUGUAUUUGGUACAAAUACAUUUGUUGAAUACGCGAUUUGUAUAAUAAAGAAUUUGUAAAAUA